AUGCCCGGUUCGAAAUACGACUCUCUUCGAACGUAUCAUAAGGGCGGUAUCAAUCCGUCGACUAGACAGGCAGAAGAUGGUACCAUCUGCACCUCGCCUUCCACUGAGCUUCCUAUUACCACCACUAACAGAGACAGAGACCCAUAUGGUCCUUCACACGUCUCAAGGUCCCAGUAUAUGUCAUCACGGCGCAGCAAAACAGAGACGUCGCAGCAAGCGGCCUCCUCCAGGUCCGCCACAGCACCAGAGCUUGAACAAUCAACAGGCUUACCCAUGUCUUUCCUCGAAACAUUACCGAGAUCUACUGAGAAAGUCAAGUCCAGUGAUGCCUCGGCGACACGUCAGAAGUUGCUUGAUAGUGAAUACAUAAUCAUCAACGAGGUCAAGGCGGGCAACGGCUACACAACAUUUUCGUAUGUUGACACGCCAGAAUUCAUUUAG